GACAUCUUGUCAUGUGAUCGGAAGUUGACCAGGAUGUUGUUAAGUCAGUUAAGACUUCUAAGUAGCAUCGUCUCUUUGAGUGGUUGGUCUUUUUGGAGUGACUGGACGCUGUGUUCUUAUCCCUGUGAGGGAAAAACAAGAUGGAGGAAGCGGCAUUGUAUGACUCAGUUUUGUAAUGGCAACUACUACGAAUAUGAAUACUGUCGGCCCCAAGACUGCUUACCAGAAACAAAACCCCCACCGGUGGCUUUUCGACAAAAUUUCAAUAAUUCUUACCUCACAAAAGAAACAAAGAGGUAUGUCAAGUCCACAGUUCGGGAAAGUUUAACUCUCCCACAGAACAAUUUUCUGAAGAAAAUCACACGAAAAAAUGAGAAAACCACAGCUCUUUUUUUAAACGAAAGCAAUAGAAAUAUUGAUAAGCAUGUAACGAACAUGAAAAGGAAAAUUCAAGAAGUUACCAUCCAAGCAUCUCGGCCUGAACAGAACAAUAUGAAUGCUAAACAAAAAUUUCAACCAACUUCCAAAGAAGAAGGAAAAGGUACGGAGAAGACCAGAUGCUUUUAA